UGUGGUUACUAUGGGUAUUUUUUGAGGGCAGUUAUCCUUCACUAUUCAUUACUCUUUUAUAAACUUGCAAAGUACUAUAACUUGUAAAUUCAUUCAUUCAUUCUUUCUUUUUCUUUAACAUAUCAUGAAAUACCACAAACCCCUUCGAUGCUUGGAAAUAACGACAGAGCGCUGAACUUUGAACCGUGUGGCCGUACCUCAGUCUGUGGGCUGUAUGAAUAGCGCUGUCCUCGUGAUGGAGACACUGAGACACGAGGUUAGUUCUAGAAGGGAUACGCAUUGCGCUAUUGGGGGCGCUACUGGGCAUGCGCACAUUAACACGGCGUACUUUUUGUCACACUGUACAAUUUACUGUACUAUUAUUUUAUUAUUGUAAGGGGUAGUUUUUGGUUGGGGUAGGUGUAGACAUUAAUUAAAAAAAUACAAUCUAAUAGGUAGAAAAUUAAUUUAAUUGUUAAUUUAUUUUCGGAGCUGUAUCCCUUCUAGCCAUAACAGCAAUAAUACAGUUGCUCAGUAUGGUUUAAGGUCUAUAGUUCCGAUAUAGCAAAACUCAAUUGAACCAUAAGAAUUAUAUAAAAAAAGGCUAUAAUUACUAUAUAAUCUCUUUUAUUAUGAUUUAGCGUGUGUAUAUUAUUACCGCAUUGCAGAGAGCUUAAAGUAAAAAGGGGGUGAUAUAAUAUAUCAUUAUGAAGCAAUUACUUGGAAAACAUCCCGUCAGACCUGUAUUUUCCCUUUUAACCAACGGCUGGAUAUCGUAAGUAAUCUUGAGCUGCUCACCUGUAGUACAGGUAGAUGAGGCUCCGCCCCCCAAACGCAUUUCGCCAGAGUGCUUCUCACGCUCACAGAGCUCAACAUGUUCUUGAAGAAUGGACAGCUCAACACCACCACAUAAUGAACCACGCCAUACUACAGUGGGUGCUUCUUCUGGCAUUUGCUGAGCAAAUCCAUAGCCGUACUCUGCAUUUCACCAUCCCGGAGGAGCAAGAAGCAGGCGUUAAGAUCGGAAGCCUGAGCACGACCUACUUAGCUCCAUACCGGCUCCUCGAUGAAAGAUACAUCAGGGUGGAUGAGAGCACAGGGGAUCUGUUUACUAAAGAGCGCAUAGACAGAGAGACCUUGUGUCCAUCGCAUCAGGAUGGGGACUGUGUUUUUUCAGAUACAGCGGUCGUGAGCAUUGAUCAUGAAGUUGUGCCAAUACUAAUCCUUGUAGAUGAUAUUAAUGACAACGCUCCUGUUUUCGAGAGGAAUGUGAUUCCUCUGCACAUACCUGAAGAUGCAUCAAUCGGGACUGCUUUCCCACUGGAUGACCAAGCCCAGGAUAAGGAUACGGGCGAUAAUGGAGCGAUACGUUACUAUUUGGAAGACUCUGGUGGCUUUUUUAACAUCAGACAAGACAGGCAUGAACUCGAGCUGGUGGUACAAAGGCAACUGGACCGGGAAACUCGGGAAAACCACCUCUUGGUUCUUGUAGCAGCAGACGGAGGUUCAGUCCCACUCAGUGCGACAGCUAAUCUCAAUGUAACUGUAACCGACGUUGAUGACAACUGCCCAGAGUUUGACGCCGACAGUCCCACCGCAGCCAUUGUGCCUGCAUUAGGAGUCAAGGGCACUGUGGUGGCCCAGCUUAAAGCCACAGACAAAGACCUGGGCCAAAAUGCACAGAUCACAUUCUCCUUCAGCCGUCAGAUCUCCGACAGGGCCAAAGUGCUCUUUCACAUGCAUGGACACACAGGCCUGAUCAGCUUAGCUGUUGACACGCAGCUUGACAGUCCCGAGGAGCACACGUUGAAAGUCUUUGCGAAUAGCCCACUUUGCCCCCCUGCGCAAACUCAGGUAACCGUAUACAUGCAGCCAGCGAUGAGCCCAGAGCCGUCCCUAAAGAUCAAGUUUGUCGCAGAGCACAAAAACCGAGCGAUCGUGUUACAAGAAAACGAGCCCCCCACUGUCUUGGCCCUCUUGGAGCUGGAAGACACCUCUAAAGGUACUCUGUCCUUAGACAAAGACAGUGUGCCGUUUUCUUUGAAGCCGCAAGCAGGCAGCUAUUUGCUUUCAACAUCAAAACCCCUAGAUUUUGAGAUGUGCGGCGAGUAUGAGGUUACAGUUAUUAUUUCUGAUCCUCACGACACACGCCUACACAGAAGAGAAGUAAUCAAAGUGCUGGUUGAAGAUGUGAAUGAUAAUGCCCCGAAGUUUGAACAAGCGCGUUACGAAACGGACAUCAGGGAAAACAACGAGCCUGGAGCGUUUCUGCUGAGGGUCCAGGCCAGCGACGCUGACAGCCACCAGUUCGGCAAAGUAAGGUACAGGCUUACAAAUGGAGGACCUUUCACAAUUGACGAAGAGAGGGGUGUGAUAUCGGUGGUGGAGUCGUUGGAUAGAGAACUGCAGGAGACAUACGUCCUGACCGUUUUGGCCCGGGACGGCGGCGAACCGUCUCAGGAGGGCUUCGCUAAUGUGGUCGUAAAUAUACUGGAUCUGAAUGACAAUCCACCGGCUUUUCCUACUCCGCAUUUCUAUUUCUUCGUGUCUGAGAGCAUUCCGCAACUUUCCCAAGUUGGGAAAGUCUCAGUGAGUGAUAGUGAUAAAGGAGAGAACGGCCGGAUAGCGGAUGUGCGUAUUUUAAACGACGAGGUCCCUUUUGCCAUAGACCUGUUGCAGGGAUCGCUCCGCAGUAUUGGUGAAGUUGACCGCGAGAAGCAGGACCGCUAUGAGCUUCUGGUAGUGGCUGUAGACGGCGGCAGCCCGGUCCUUUCAGCUACAGCAAGAAUGACCAUUUUCAUUGAGGAUGUCAAUGAUAAUCAACCCCAGGUCCUUCUUCCCAGCAGCAACCUCUCCUGUCUGACCAUAUCCCCGGCUACUCGAGCAGGAAGCAUGAUAACAAAGAUUUACGCCAUCGAUGAGGACUCCGGAAUGAAUUCGGACAUCACUUACCAAAUUAUUGCAACUAAACCAGCUCUAGAGAGCCCUUUCCAGAUUGACCAGCAGUCCGGAAACAUUACUCUGGUCCAGCAUUUGCGUGGUGAGGACCACGGCAUGCACCACCUCUUCAUAGUGGUUCGCGACGGAGGAAGGCCAGGACCGCUGCAGACCGCCGUGUGGGUCAAUCUGCUGGUCAACGAGACACUGGAGAAAUGUCAAGUUAAUGCCGUUCCAGAUUAUUCUCCACCACGACUGCCUCCUCCAAUGCCCGUCAGAGAUCGCAGGUGUGAAUCAAAUGCCUGGCUUGUUUUUUAUUGUGGCCUGUGUCUGAUGGCCAUCUCAGUCUGCGUUCUCCUGGCUGUCGUAGUGGUGUUUAUGAAGCGCAGAAAAACCAAAAGGAAAGUCGAAAAAAAGAAUGUAUGGGAAACCGGGAAUCUCUGUGAAAUGAAACCUUUGAACUAAAGCGAAAGACUAAGCAGAUACACCAGAAAGAUGUUUGUGUAAAUAUUGCAAUUUUUUUUUUCCUUUUUAUUGUUUGCCCACAGAAUCAAAUAACAUUAACAGUAUCACUUCAUAUGUUGAUGUUACAGAAUGUACAAAACCUAAAAAUAGGAAGUAAAGAACUCAAAGGGGAGACCAUAUAAACCAGAAUUUGUCCGAUUUUUUUAUGUUUAUCGUCAGUAAGCUUCUAUCGUGGCAACCACGUAGCGAUCUGUGAUAUCCACAUUUUAAAAGGCGAGGCCUGUGAGUAACAAAAUGCUUUUUUAGCUAUACCAGGAUGAUAAUCAGAGCUAUAUUACGUAAAUGUGUUAAACAAAUUGUUCAAAUUAAGAUGCAGUAAAAGCAAAGCUAUGUAGCUUUAUCUUUUUUAGACUUAAAACACAGGCCUGUGGCAUUACACCUGUGGAUAAACAUCUUAAUAUGAUUCUUAAUUAGAUAUUAUCCUAUUAAAAAUGUAAAGCUGAGCUUAUGGAUCCCAAGAGAAGUCAUUUUCAUAUACAUAUCAUCACAUACAAUAGCCCAGUCAAUUUCUGAACCAGUAUCCUUCUCCCUUUAAGUCCCAGAAAGGCAGUAGUACAAUUACUAGACAAGAUGUUAAGAUAUUAAUCCCUGUAAGCAAAUUGGCUUCAAUAAAAAAUCUUCAAUCUCUGUUGUCUCAUAAAUAUAAUAUAACCUGCAAAUACCGUUCUUUGUCUAGCACUUUUUGUUAGUAUUGUAAUAGGAAUAUAUUUUAAUACUAUUAGUCUGGCCUAAUGUGUUAGAUACCUGCUUCCUUUUCCUGUGAUGUUUCUUAAUAAUAAAACUCUUAAAAUGUAAAAGAAAAAAAUUUCAGGAGACAUUUCCACGUUUAAUUCUCUGCAAGAAACGGUGUGGCAUUCGGUGAAAAGGAAUGAAAAUAUUUAUACAGGUGCAGGUUUGCAGAGAGAAAAAUACACUUGUUUGAUUUGUUCUCAUGUUUCUUCUGUAGUGAGCGGUCGUGUUGGUUUUACAAGCUUUUAUGGAUUAGUCUGAUGCACAAAACCUACAGUCGGUGCAAUCAUUUAGAGAUCAACAGCCUAACAGUCUUGCUGGAGUAUAUUGUCAAAAAAGAUUUUUUUUUUUUUUU